AUGGACGAAGAGGCGUUACGUGAUUUUAUGCCAACGGCAUUUGGGAGUUCAAAUCCUGACGAUGUUCUUGAAGCACAAAUGGAAAAGGCGCGACGACCAGGAUUCGAGAAAAAGUUCAAAGCUGCCGCGCCUGAUCAAGAGGACGACGACGAUGACGACGAUGGUGAUGAUGACAGUGACUCAAGCUCUGGUGGCUCAGAUGAUAUGGACGACUCUGGAUAUCCAGUCUCUCACGAUGUUGUCUUCAAGACACACGACCGAGCUGUAACAUCAAUUGCUCUAGAUACAGCAGGCGCAAGAAUGAUCACAGGCUCUACUGACUGCACUCUUAAGUUUCAUGACUUUGCAUCCAUGGCACCAAACACUAUUCGAGCCUUCAAAUCGAUAGAUUCUACAGCCACGAAGAAUUCAGCCACUUCAGAAACCCAUCCGAUUCACCAGGUCUCGUUCAAUCCAUUUUCAGGCAAUCAGGUUUUGGUCGUCACCGCAACACCCCAAGCUAGAGUUAUCUCACGAGAUGGCGAGACGGAAUACGAAACAGUCAAAGGCGACAUGUACCUGCGAGACAUGAACAUGACAAAAGGACAUGUAAGCGAGAUCACGUCUGGAGCAUGGAGUCCGCUCAUUUCAGAUCAAUUCGUCACAGCAGGAACCGACAGUACGCUACGUAUCUGGGAUCUUAAUUUGCGAAGCAAACAGAAAGAAAUCAUUGUUCACAAAUCUAGACAAGCCGGAGCUGCUGGACGAAGCCGGAUGACCGCUGUCGCAUGGGGAAACAGCCCAGAAGGCAGUAGCAGCUUACUCGUUGCAGCCGCAUUAGAUGGCGCACUACUGAUAUGGCCAGGACAAGGUCCAUACCACCGGCCUAUUGCCGAGGUGAAAGACGCUCACAAACCUGAUACUUGGACGAGCGGCAUUGACAUAAGUUCUGAUGGCAGGCUCAUCGUGACGCGUGGUGGGGAUGACACUAUCAAGACCUGGGAUACUCGCAAGUUCAAGGCACCGAUCAACACAGUUGUUCAUCUGUCAACGUCGCAGCAGUACCCAACAAGCAACGUCAUAUUCGCGCCGAACACUUCUGCCAUCUUGGCUGGAUCACAAGAAGGAUCACUGUACAUCUUGAACCCUGCUACGCUGAGACCUGCACUUGUCACGCCGGUCACACCGUCCUCGCCACUUACCGUUGUUCAAUGGCAUCCCAAGCUCAAUCAGAUUAUUACAGGUUCCGCUAAUGCAGAGACUCAUCUACUGUUCAGCCCAAACAACUCUUCCAAAGGUGCUGUGUCGAUCUUAUCACGUCUGCCAAAACGUCGCCACAUCGACGACGACGCGACACUAACUACAGAUCACGACUCACUUGGCGUCUCUGGCGAUGCCAUUUUGAAUCCAGGGACAUCUUCGGAAGCGAUUCAGGCAUCUACAUAUGCAUCUCGUCAUCCUACGAUAGGUCUUACCGCCUCAGGGAAGUCACGAGAUCCUCGCAGACCACAUGUACCUCUCCAAACUCCGUUCUCGAAAUCGCAACCGAGCGAGGAUCACAUCAAUCGACGUGUGGCGUUCAGCGAUAUGAGGAAUGAGGAUCCUAGAGAGGCGCUGCUUAGGUAUGCGGACAAGGCCGUUCAGGAUCCAAUGUUCACCAAAGCUUGGAGCAAAACACAACCGAAAACAGUUUACCAGUCGAUCAGCGAUGAUGAAGACGGAGGUGUGAGAAAGAAGCGGAAGACAUGA